GUGUUUAUCAUGAGGACGUUGUUUUCUGCACAUGUGAAUCUUUUGUGUAUGGUUUCGUUACUCCUCUAUCAGUAAUGUUUGAGUAUUUAUGGCGAAGCAGAGUCUAGAAAUUAUAACCUGCCAUUUUAUGUGUAUUUCCGCUUGACUCGUUCGAAGGAAAGGACGAUCAGAAACCCUUCGCCAAGCACGUGUCCGAAACAGACUAGCUCAGCUGAGUUAAUUUCAUGAUACAUAACCCGUGUCAUAAAGGGAAUAGUCUUUUUCUUUGGAUAUAGAUCAUGAGAAAUCUUGAACUACUGAGGAGUUUUCCAGUGCUGGAGUUGGAAGGAACUGAGGACCCAUUUUGUUUUUCAGUGGAUUGUGAUUGUGGAGUUAUUUACACUGCAACAUCUACUCACAUAAAAGGCGUCCAGCCCUCCACUCAUCAGGCUGUAAGUUCUGUUUCACUUGUAUCCGAUGGGUACCUGCCAGAAGAUGGUAGUGGCUGUGUUAUUGGAAUGCAGCACUUGCCAGACUUGGAAUCUGUAUGUGUGGCCACUGCAAAAGGAGAUGUAAUUCUUUGGAAUACAGUUACUGACCAGGUUGAAUGUGUUGGCAGUGUGGACAAUGGGCUCAGGUGUAUGGAAUGGAGUCCUGAUCAAGAGCUUGUGGUAUUCAUGACAGGAGAAGAAACUCUUAUCAUAAUGACAAAGGAUUUUGAUGCCAUUUGUGAGUUCCCUUUUCACUCAGAGGAGUUUGGUGAAGAAAAACCAAUCACAGUUGGUUGGGGAAAAAAAGAAACACAGUUCCAUGGGUCCCAAGGCAAACCAACAGCCGCUGAUGUACAGGAAGUUAUUGCCAAGCCUGCUGCAAGUUGGGAUGACAGGAAACCAAGAAUCAGCUGGCGUGGUGAUGGACAAUUUUUCGCAGCCAGUGCAAUCCAUCCUUUGACAGGUGCAAGGAAAUUGAGAGUGUGGAAUAGGGAAGGUGUACUUAGCUCUACAAGUGAAAAUGUUGAUGGAUUGGAACAGGCAUUAUUUUGGAGACCAUCAGGCAGCUUAAUAGCUUCAACCCAGCGCAAGCCUCAUAGACAUGAAGUGAUUUUCUUUGAGAGAAAUGGCCUCAGACAUGGAGAAUUUGUGCUUCCUUUUGGCAAGAUGGAAGUUCAGGUAUUGGAAAUAGCAUGGAAUAAUGACUCAUCAGUACUAGCUGUCUGGUCUGAAGAGUUACCAAGCACAGAACAGAUAGAAGAAUUUGUACCAAAGUCUUAUGUUCAGUUGUGGACAGUGAAUAAUUAUCACUGGUAUCUGAAGCAGCAGAUGGAAUUCCCAGCAUCUGCUAAACAUAGAGUGGCCUGUCUUUUAUGGGACCCAGAGGCUGCCCUAAGAAUGCACAUCAUGACGAGAGGAGGCCAGUACUUGAGUUAUGAGUGGUGUUGGAAUACAGUUCAUAGUGAAGGGGCUAGUGAACAAAACAUGUCCACUGUAGCAGUCAUUGAUGGAGCUAAGUUGUUGCUGACUCCAAUGAAACACAUGGUGGUUCCCCCUCCAAUGUCUGCCUAUGCCCUGGACCUGCCAUCCCCAGCGUCCACCAUCAGCUUUGCUCCGCCCACACACUGUAGUGAUAUGGUAGUUAUGAUGUCCAAUGGUAAGAUGGCAGUCUUCAAAUUAUUGACAGAAAAUGGCGUAAAAGAAGUGUUCAGGGCACCUGGCAAAGCCCCAAAACUUGUUGGCAUUUACAGUAUAGACACCAAAGACUUUCCAACAGUAUGGACAGGAGCCUUGUGUUGGCGGCAGAUGAUUUGGUGGAAGGACUGCACCCUUAUCGCAGUUGGAUGGGAUACCAUGAGUCAGAAAGACAUUGUUUGUGAAUUAGAGAUCUCUGCAGAAGAUGGGGCUAAUAGCAUUGCUAUCAGGCGCACCACUGAAACCGACACGCCAGUCCUUCGUCUUUGUGCCCGUCGUCACACUGAGUCUGUAUUAGUGGAGCUCAUCAAUGGAAACUUACUCAGUUACACUUCAGAUUCAAGCCAGGCUAAAUUAUCACCAUGGUUUAACAGUCGAGGACUUGAAAUCUCUCUCCCUCAACCAUGCCAGUGUGUAAAAACAGCCUUAGUGGGAGAUGAGGAAGUCGUUCUGGGAUUGACUGAACACUCAAGGUUAUAUGCGAAUAACAAAGAGGUGGCUUCAAACUGCUCUUCCUUCGCUGUUCAUGAUGAAUUUCUUCUUCUAACAACGCAUGCGCACACGUUGCGUUGUAUAAGUCUUUUACCAACCACGCGAGGUUUGCCAGUUUUGAUUGAAGAUAAACCGCAUCCUUUGGAUGAAAACAUAAGACGCGUCGAGAGAGGUUCACGGAUAGUGGUCGCUGUUACUCAAGAUACGAAAGUUAUUUUGCAGAUGCCUCGUGGAAAUAUAGAGACUAUUCAUCCUCGAUCACUAGUUUUGUCGUACUUAAAGAAAUGUUUAGACAGUCUCAGCUAUGGAGAGGCCUUUACCGUCAUGCGCCGUCAUCGGAUCAAUCUUAAUUUGAUACAUGACCACAAUCCCAAGCUUUUCUUGGAAAAUUUGGAUAAAUUUGUGAGUCAUGUGGAAUCGGUAAAUUUUAUCAACCUAUUCCUCACGGAUCUUAAAGAGGAAGACGUGACUACCACGAUGUAUUCUGAUUAUUAUUCUGAAUCAAAACAGACCCCUGUUGCGUCUCCAGGUGAUGAGUUAAGUAAAGUUGAUCGAGUUUGUGAUGCUGUGCGCGUUGCCUUGGAAGCUGUUGGCCAUAACAAAUAUCUUCUGUCCAUCCUAACCACGUAUGUGAAGAAGAAUGAUCCAGAGUUAGAGAAAGUUUUGAUGAUCAUCAAAGAUUUAAAAGCUUGUGAAAGAGAACUGUCUAUUCAAGGACGCGCUUAAGCUUUAUGGGAAAUCCAGCCAGGAGCACCGGGCUUUAUUGGUUGCAUAUGGCGAGUACCUUGUUCAACAGAAAAGACACGAGGAAGCCGGACUAGUAUUUACCAGUUGUGGAGCUCACGAGCAAGCUCUAUCAUCAUUCCAGAAGAGCGGAAACUGGAGACAAGUGUUUUGUAUGGCUUCUCUGUUGCAGCACACCGGUGAACAAGUGGUAUCAUUGGCCAGAACAGUUGCAGGUUAUCUGAAAGGACAUAAGCGUUCCCUUGAAGCCUCCAGAGUCUUGGAAGAAUAUGCAAAGGAUCCUGAGGAAGCCAUUGCUGUUCUUAUCGACGGAAUGCAGUGGGAAGAAGCUCUGAGAUUGAUGCAUAAACAUGAUCGGACAGAUAUUGUGGAAACACAUUUGAAAGGCGCGUUGGAAGAAGCCCAUAACCACCACUUGAGUUCCAUACAAGAACAGGAGGAAUUGUUCAAUAAAUACACCAAGCGACUGAAAGUUGUCAGAGAACUGAAAGAACAACAAAGUGUAGAAUAUCAAGAGAGUGGACUGGCGCGAGAUGAUACGGACCUGUUCUCCGACACGAGCAGCGUAGGCGAUAACUCGGAGUAUGCCUCUAGCACCAGUUCCCGGGGGUCAAGAUCAACCGGGCGAUCCUCCAAAAAUCGAAGAAAAACUGCACGAAAGAUGUACAGCUUGAAAGAGGGAAGUAGAUUUGAGGAUUUAGCCUUGAUGGAAGCACUUUCUGACAUUAUUCAAACAGUUCACAAGACCACAGACGACAUGGCAUCCUUGCUCAAGAUGUUGGUUUUGUUUGAUCAUGCGGGACAAGCUGCCGUCCUUCAAACCAACUUUGAAAAGCUAAUCUCAAUGAUAGAAUCAUCGAUCGGCGUUAUCUGGCCCCCAGAGGAAAGCUCCACCAAUUCAAGUCAAGUUUCCCAGAUCACAGGUCCAGGAGCUACUGUUAACAGCAUCAUUGCAGCGAUGAGAAGUGAUCAGAAUACGACGUUAAAUAAGCCAAGAGAUGAACUGCAAAGACCAAAACCUCCUCCCUUUAAAAUAGCAACGAACUGGAAGCUUGACCAACUCCUGUCAUAACAAAAGGCAAAUCGUUCCCGAGAAAAGGAGAAACAGCGUGUUUCACGAGGCUUGAAGUUCAGUGCACCUCACAAGCAACGCUCUUAUUUCAAGGACGUAAUGAACUUUUGUCAAGGGUUACAGAAAGUAAGCAAGCAAUAGAUAGGGAGAAAGAUCAAAAGUAAUAAAUGUACGUGGCAGGCAAGAAAGCGACAAUUGCGAGGGUGAAAGAACACAGAAGUGAAACGACACAAGACAAGAAGAGUUGUUUUCCAAGCUCUUUAUAUCAAUUGAGUUAAACACUUUAUGGCUGAUGUCAAGGCAUGAGAGAAUUCGAAAGCUGGCAAUAAAUUAAUAAAUGAACUCCAGUAUGUAAAGUUUA